GCUCGGCGCCGGCCCGGCGCUGCUCUGCCACCUCACGGGCGAGCGGCGCGCUCCGUGCCUCACCCCCCUGCGGGGGCGAAACCCUCCCUCCUCUCGCCCCGGGGGCUGUUCCCCGCCGGGCCGCGGCACCACCCGGGCUGGAAGGUGAUGGGUGAGCUGAGAAGCUGGUGAAGUCACAUGAAAUACUUGUACUGAUCAGUAGUAGCCAGAUGAAAUAGGCAUGUCCUACGAUGGCCCUAGAUCUGGAGUAUGAGCCAGCCUACAGAAGUGAGUUGAUGCCAGAUUUGUGAGUCUCUAUGGCUUGAUGGCUCUCACUUACUCUGUCUCUGAACCAAAGCCAUCUUUUUACCAAAGCAAUAGAGGAAUGGUGCACAGCUUGAUUACAGAAUGCUCUUUCCAAGGAAGUGAACUGUGAAGGAAGGACUCAUGAGUUUUGAUCCUGGGGGCUUGGAGAGCGUCCCUGAUGGCUGCUCCAAAGAGGACCUUCCUGAGGUGGAGUUGGUGAGCCUGCUGGAAGAGCAGUUGCCAGAUUACAAGUUACGAGUGGACUCUCUGUACCUGUAUGAAAAUCCAGACUGGAUUCAGCCCUCGGCUUGCCAUGGCCGGCUGCCAGAAAUCGCUUCUCCAGCUCGUGAGGAGGACUCCUUCCGUUACAUGACUCUUAUUGAACUUCCUUCCUCCUCCUUGGAUGGAUCUCACAAAUUUGCACAAGUUCUUGGCUCAGGUAAUGUGGAGCAGAAAGACUACGGUGAAGCUGACAUGGUCAAACGUCUGUUAGCUGAGAAGGAUCGGGACCUGGAACUGGCAGCACGAAUUGGACAAGCCCUCCUUAAGCGAAACCAUCUGUUGAUGGAACAGAAUGAAGCACUGGAAGAACAGUUGGGGCAAACUCUAGACAGAGUUAACCAGCUGCAGCAUGAGCUGUCAAAGAAGGAUGACCUGCUGCGUAUUGUUUCCAUUGCUUCUGAGGAGAGCGAGACGGAUUCCAGCUGUUCCACACCACUGCGUUUCAACGAGUCUUUCACAGUCUGCCACGAUCCACUGCAGCUGGAUGUCCUGCAGGAUAAACUGCGAGAGCUGGAGGAGGAGAACCUGGCUCUGCGGUCCAAGGCUUGCCAUCUGAAGUCAGAAACCAUGACAUACGAAGAGAAGGAACAGCAGCUGGUCAAUGACUGUGUCAAAGAGCUCCGGCAAACAAAUGCUCAGAUUUCCAGGAUAACAGAGGAGUUGUCAGAGAAGAGUGAGGAGGUGAUUCGCUACCAGGAAGAGAUCUCAUCCCUUUUGUCCCAGAUUGUUGAUCUUCAGCAUAAACUCAAAGAAAAUGUAAUUGAGAAGGAGGAGCUGAAACUUCACUUACAAGCCUCCAAAGAUGCUCAGAGACAACUGACAGCAGAGCUCCAUGAGUUGCAGGAUCGGAAUGUAGAGUGUCUGGGGAUGUUGCACGAGUCCCAGGAGGAAGUGAAGUUGCUGCGCAGCAGAGCCAGCUCCGUCGCUUGUCUCUGCCACCCGCAGUCCCGCGGAGCAUUUCCUGUGGAUUCCCUUGCAGCAGAAAUUGAAGGGACAAUGCGGAAGGAAUUGAGUCAGAGUGAUGAAUCUGUUCUCUCCAAGCAAAAGGAUCAACAGAAACGAGUCUUUGACACUGUCAAGGUUGCUAAUAUCAUCCGUGGCCGCUCCUCUUCCUUUCCUGCCCCGUUGCCAAUCCCUGGAUCAAAUCGCUCAAGUGCUGUUAUGACAGCAAAGCCCUUCCAGUCUGGAGUGCACCACUUGGACAGCCACGCACGGAUGGCCCCAGGGAGCACCUCUGAGAAGAAUUUGAAAGACGCUCACAGUCCUGGCCAGCCAGGAGCCCCUGGAGACAAUGACCUGGUCACAGCUCUGCACAGGCUCUCCCUGCGUCGUCAGAACUACCUGAGUGAGAAGCAGUUCUUCGAGGAGGAGUGGGACCGAAAAAUGCAUUUGCUGGCUGAGCAGAAGGAAGAGGCUAGUGGCUGCAGUACACCAACAGAAAGCUCUUUUUCCCCAAGUACAAACUCAGAAUUCACGGAUCUCUCUGCCAGCUCUAGUAAUCUCCGUGUUCUCCUACCAGAGAAGCUGCAGAUUGUCAAACCCAUUGAAGGAUCUCAGACCCUUUUUCACUGGCAGCAGCUUGCUCGACCCAACCUAGGCACCAUUCUUGACCCAAGACCAGGUGUUGUUACUAAAGGUUUUACCCCUCUGUCUGAUGAUACUGUGCACCACAUCUCUGACCUGGAGGAAGAUGAUGAGGAAGAGGGUGAAGGAGGUAUAACAUUUCAAGCACAACAGUACUUUCCUGAGGAAAAGAAAUGUGCGUUGGCAAAGCCCGUGGCAGGGAUUUUCCUGCCACCUAUUACUUCAGCAGCAGUACCACUCACUGCCUCAAAUCCAGGGAAGUGUCUAUCUUCAACAAAUUCCACAUUUACCUUCACUACCUGUAGGAUCCUUCACCCAUCUGAUGUCACUCAAGUUACUCCCAGCUCCAUGGGUGUUCCAUUUUCAUUGGGGAAUACUGGCAGCAGUACUGGAAACUCAGUAGUGAGCACUCCAGCCAUUCCUUACAGACUCAGUAUUGGAGAAUUUCUCACCAACAGAAGGGACUCGACUACUACUUUCAGCAGCACAAGCAGCCUGGCUAAACUUUUGCAAGAACGGGGCAUCUCUGCCAAGGUUUAUGACAGCCCCAUGUUAGAAAAACUGCCUUUGCAAAAACCCUCUCGAACUCUUCCCAUCCCUUCUACUCCACCAAAUUCUCCUUCGCGUUCACCUUGUCCUUCCCCUCCACUGUUUGAGCCUCGAGUGCAUCACUCAGAGAAUUUCCUGGCUUCUCGACCAGCAGAAACAUUCUUGCAGGAAAUGUAUGGCCUAAAGCCCUCCCGUAAUGUCCCAGAUGUAGGCCAGCUGAAGAUGAGCCUCGUGGACAGACUGAAGAGGCUGGGCAUUGCCAGGGUGAUCAAGUCCCCUGAAACACAGAACCAUGGCAAGAAUCAGGAGCCAGAGGUUGUCUUGCAGAGGCAGGACUCAGCUGGGUUUUUAAAUGCAGGUAGCAACCUAAUGGCAGGACUGAGAAGAAACCAGAGCCUUCCAGCUAUGAUUGGAGCACUGGGAGCUCCUGUUUGCACACAGUCAUCAAAAAUGGAUAUACUAAAGGAAGACUAACUGGCCUGAAAGGUGUUUGACUUAGAGCACAAUAAAUAAUUUGAGGGAUGAACAUCCAGUACAGGCAUUGUUAGGUGUGUUACAGAAAAGUUGGAGAAGGCAUGUGCAUGUUAAAAUGUGGGAGAGACAAGUGUUGGGACCAAGGAGCAAAGGAUCAUUGCUUGGGUUUGAGGAAGAAGGUUUUUGUGAGAGAUAGAAAGGUAAAACCAAAGCUUUAUUUCAAGACCCCCUUCAGCAUCUUGUCUUAACUUAGUCAGAAGUGAAGACUAUUGUAGACAUUUCCAGUGUUUUAACCCUUUAACCUGUACGUGUAGGGAUUUUAUUUUUUCCAUCAUACACUCAUAGUAUUUACUAGUUGUUUGCAGUCAGGCUACAUCAUUUAAAUAUAAUAUUAAAAUAACAAUCAGUCUGACUAUCAUUAUCAGCCCAAGUUCCUCUCUGUAGCAAACAAACAUGAAAACUUAGAUUUUUUUUAUUCUUUUAUUUUCCAUUUCAGAAACUGUUCUCUUUUGAACUCCUCCUCACUUUGAGAAGCAGGAGAGAACCUUUAGCUCUGUGUAAGAAAGUAAUACUUCCGUUUACAGACACAGGAUUUAUAUUUUGAAAGAGUACAAUUGUGUUAGUGAGGUAUUAACAGAAGUUAAUUUCUUUCCAGAGCUUCUGAACAAAGCACACAGAGAAAUGUGCAAUGAAUAAGAAUUAAGAAGCAGGAAAGUGUGUUUUUGGAGUGAAAACGUGAAGCUUAGAAAUCUUUCCAAAGUGUGUGCAUCUGUUUAAAUGAGGAUAGUUCUGUGCACACACACAAAUAUCUCAGGCACAUUUCAACAUUGCAAAAGGAAAUAAACCCUAGGUGCUUGAUUCAGGGUUUCUUUUUAAAGACUUAAAUAGAGAGCAUUUACUUCAAGGAAAGUGUUGGAAGUUCAGAAAACUGCCUCGUGUCUUGCCAAGUUACACAUUCUGUACAUUUGAGAGUUCUCCAGUAAACUUUAUGCCUUUCAUUCAUUUAUUUCUAAUUUUAAGCAGGAUUUUGUUUAAAAGAUAUCAUUAAGAGCAAAACUUGCCAAUCUCUAUCUAUAUAGAAACAGGAAGAAAAAAGCUGGUGUUCUUCAUAGAAUUUUAAUGAAUAUUGAAAUCCAGUGAUCAGUGAGGGAAUGUGGUUUU